AUGGAGGAUUCCACGGUUAUCUCUCAUCUUGUCCCGCUUGCUCCCGCACCUGCAAGGGCCUCGUCCCUGGACGCGGUCAAUGGCUCCUUUGAUACCGACCUGACGACUACGAUGCCCUUUAACUGCCAAUCAUGUGUACGGAAAAAGGUCAAGUGUAACCGCGCGGUACCGAAGUGUGCUAGUUGCAGCAAGGCGAAGCUCCACUGCGUCUAUCAGUCGCCACCGCCGCGUAAGAGGAAGCGCAGUCGGGGCGAAGAAGACGUCCAUGAGCGUCUAACACGAUACGAGCGCAUCUUGCAGGACCACAACCUCCUCCCGACAGCCGCUGUCUUGACCCCAAGUGACAGAGGCGCGGAAACUUCCGCGAUCAGCACACGGGCCCCGGCUCCAGUGUUGCCAGAUUCGCAACCCGGCGCUACGGCUGGCAAAGUAAUACUUUGCACCGACGGUAGGUCUCGCUACAUUGACAAUGUCUUGCUGCUGAAUGCCGGCGAAGGGGACCUUUGUGAGUUACCUGAGCCUAAGCAAGAAGACCAUAACCACGACAAAACCAGCCCUAACGAAGGCGCCCUAACGGGUCUUCUCGGCGCUCUCGCCGCACAUACGAUCUCAGGCGCAAUACAAGGAAGCACGCAAAGCCUCACUGACCUACACCCUACUUACGAGGAGGCAGCCAAGCUCUGGCAAGCCUAUGUGCAGAACGUUGAGUCCAUUUGCAAGAUUCUCCACGUUCCGACGGUCGCCAAGAUGUUCGACGCUGUCUCUAAGCACCCAGCGGCUGUCUCGAAGAACGAUGAAUGUCUGAUGUUUGCUAUUUACUAUUUCGCCGUGUUCUCCAUGUCGGACGCUGACUGUCUGCACGACUUUGAUAAUUCAAGGGCACAGUUGUUGUCUAGAUAUCAGACCACAGUCAUCCAGGCACUAGUCAAUGCGUCUUGGCUCAAAACAACGGCGAUGCCGAUUCUACAGGCUUACAAACUCUUCCUUAUCGCCUUACGCACUCAGAUUGAUUCAAAUACCUUUUGGAUCUUGACGGGGAUCGCGAUUCGCUCAGCGCAGCGCAUGGGACUACACCUGGACGGCGAAAGCCUGGGAUUGCCCCCAUUUGAGGUUCAGAUGCGCCGGCGGCUCUUUUGGCGACUAUUGCCUUUGGACAGUUAUGCCGGCCAAACAUCCGGCACGGGCAUAUCCAUUUCGCCCAGCAGUUGGGAUACCAAGAAACCAGUAAACAUCAACGAUGACCAGAUCUUCCCUGGCAUGACCCAGCCACCCUCGGGUGCCAAGCUGAAGGAACACGGGGAUACAAUCCAGUUUCAGGAUGCUGAAGACACUGAGCGACUGAUUGAUGAGGUGGAAGAUCUCAUCGAGACCAAGUUUCUGCGCUACUGUGAUAUCCUGAAUCCCUUGCACUUUCUGACCACCGGCAUUGUGCGCUCGGCCAUUAAUUCUGCCCAACUGCGUGCCCAGAUGCCGCUACUUAAGCAACAAACUAUCACCGACACCCAACGGAGACACCUCUGUGCCCUUGCGGAAAAGGUGCUCGACACCAACAGUGCCCUCUUUAAUAACCAUAGCACGCAGAAUUUCCAGUGGCAGAUGCAGGCAUUCUUCUUGUGGGAUGCUCUUCUCUGUAUUCUUCGAAGCAUCGAAGAGGUGGGAUUCUACUCGCCGUCCGAACUCGCUGCUGCGUGGAGCAAGGUUGCAGACGUCUAUGCAAAUCACGAAGAACUGGCUAAGGCCCGAAGGACCUUGUACGUCACGAUUACUAAGAUCACUCUAAAGGCCUGGUUGGCAAAUCCGCCCCGCCAUUCGUCUCCCAAGCCAGCGUUCAUCACCGCGCUGCUUGCCGAACACGAACCUAAAGGCACUAACCUGCAGCAAGACAGCGUAUUGUCGGGUGACAAGGCUGCAGAUGGGGCUUGUUCUUUCGACGAGCUUUUCGAUAAUAUGAACGGAACCUACCUGGACAUAAAUAACGCCUUCAAUCUCGACUAUUCUUUAGAUUGGCUGUUCUGGGACCAAAUAUAA